UAACAUAAUCAAAAAGAAUAUACCAGAAUCAUUCAAGUACUCAAGAUUUUGCUUUACAUGCCACUGUGAAUAGUUGAAAAGCACCCCCUGGAUCUCUUGGUUUCAAGCGGCUGAUACAUGCCCUUUGCGGUAAUUCGGUAAACCGGUUUGUAACCGUUUACCGGUAAUUCGGUAAUCGGUAAACCGGUUACAAACCGGUAUCGGUAAACGGUAAACAGUUUGGCCACCCUCGGUAUACCAAAACCGGUCCGUUUACCGACCGAUUCCCACCCCUACUCUUAACCAUCAUAAUGCCACAUCACCAAAUCACUGUCUGCAUGGACCAAAAAAAAAAAAAUAGUGACACUGUUGCGACACCAUAAUAUUGGUCAUAUUUUACAGGUGGCGUUGUGAGAAUUAUGUGGGCCUUUGGUCCAAGUAAAGUCCAAUGUUGGCCUCGUGUCGUCCUCUCGGCUCAAGGAUAUCCUCUUGGAUGGCUAGCCCACCAGUUACAGCAAACACAGAUCAGAUGGAAGCCCACAAGAAAGCCCGGACCCAUUUUGUGUCCCUGUUAAAGCAACGUAAAAGCAAAAGGGGGAACUUGUAACUGUUUAGCUGGUUUACUUAGGAGUUAGGACCGCGUUACUUACCGCCUUGUCCGUCGGUGGAGCUGCCGACAAAUCCAGACAAAGAGACAAACGAAACCGGCAACCGAUACAGCCGGUGAAGUUCCCCAACGGCUCCGAUAAUGAUAACUUAACAAAUCUCAAAUCCCAAUUGCACCCUAAUGAACCACCCCACAGAUUUUUCCUCAAUUAAUUAAAGAAGACAACACUAAUCAAAUACACUCAUUUCGGCGAUUUCCUUUUUCUUUCUUUUAUUUCUUACAAGCAACAUCAAUCAAUCAUUAUAGUAAAAAAUUUAAAAUAAAAAUAACAAAUUAAAAAAGACAGUCAGUUCGAAGUAAUCGACAGUACAUCUACUGGAUCGCCAGCUGUAUGUAGAGAGAGAUGAGCAGAGAAGCGUAAAUAAAAAGAGAUAACAGGGAGAGAGCGAGAGACAGAGAGAGCAGGAAAUGGCGUGCUGAGGGGGCGACAAGCACCACAACUCAACUGUGAGGUUCCCACUGGAAAGCUAGAGAGAGAGAGAGAUCAUGGAAGCGAGUGCCGGUAUGGUUGCCGGAUCCUACCGCCGGAACGAGCUGGUUAGGAUUCGCCACGAUUCCGACAGCGGGCCCAAACCAUUGAAGAAUCUGAAUGGGCAGACCUGCCAGAUCUGCGGCGAUAGUGUUGGACUUACUGCUAGUGGUGAUGUCUUUGUUGCCUGCAAUGAGUGUGCCUUCCCUGUUUGCCGUCCUUGCUAUGAGUAUGAGAGGAAGGAUGGCACCCAGUCUUGCCCUCAAUGCAAGACUAGGUACAAGAGGCACAAAGGGUGCCCUCGGGUUGAUGGAGAUGAAGAUGAAGACGAUGUUGAUGAUCUUGAAGAUGAGUUCAGUUAUCAAGGCAUGGGCAAAGCACGUCGCCACUGGCAGGGUGAUGAUGUGGAACUGUCUUCAUCAUCCAGACAUGAAAGUCAAAUGCCAAUUCCCCUUCUGACUAAUGGGCCACAGGUUUCUGGUGAAAUUCCUACCCCUGACACGCAGUCUGUGCGAACUACGUCAGGGCCUUUGGGCCCUACGGAGAAGAAUGUACAAUCUUCUCCUUAUAUCGAUCCAAGGCAACCAGUUCCUGUUAGAAUUGUGGAUCCUUCAAAGGACUUGAAUUCUUAUGGCCUUGGGAAUGUGGACUGGAAGGAAAGGGUGGAAGGUUGGAAACUCAAACAGGAGAAGAACAUGGUGCAUAUGAGUAACAGACAUAGUGAAGGAAAAGGUGAUAUUGAAGGCACUGGUUCUAAUGGGGAAGAGCUCCAAAUGGCUGAUGAUGCUCGACAGCCUCUUAGCCGGGUGGUUCCUAUUCCUUCUUCUCACUUGACCCCAUAUCGUGUUGUAAUCAUUCUCCGGCUGAUCAUUUUGGGUUUCUUCUUGCAAUACCGUGUCACUCACCCCGUGAAGGAUGCUUACCCAUUGUGGCUUAUCUCUGUCAUUUGUGAGAUCUGGUUUGCUUUGUCUUGGAUUCUGGAUCAGUUUCCCAAAUGGUAUCCCAUCAAUCGUGAGACCUACCUUGACAGGCUUGCUUUGAGGUAUGAUCGGGAAGGGGAGCCAUCUCAACUAGCACCUGUUGAUGUGUUUGUGAGUACUGUGGACCCAAUGAAAGAACCUCCACUGAUUACUGCAAACACUGUCUUGUCAAUUCUCUCUGUGGAUUACCCGGUAGACAAAGUAUCAUGCUAUGUCUCUGACGAUGGUUCAGCAAUGUUGACAUUUGAAUCCCUCUCCGAGACUGCUGAAUUCGCUAGGAAGUGGGUGCCAUUCUGCAAGAAGCAUAAUAUCGAGCCUAGAGCUCCUGAGUUUUACUUUGCCCAAAAGAUUGAUUACUUGAAGGACAAGAUUCAACCUUCAUUUGUCAAAGAGAGACGAGCAAUGAAGAGAGAAUAUGAAGAAUUCAAGGUGCGAAUCAAUGCACUGGUUGCUAAAGCACAAAAGAUGCCUGAAGAAGGCUGGACUAUGCAAGAUGGAACCCCAUGGCCUGGAAAUAAUCCUAGGGAUCAUCCUGGAAUGAUCCAGGUCUUUUUAGGACACAGUGGUGGACUUGAUACAGAUGGAAAUGAACUACCUCGUCUUGUCUAUGUUUCUCGUGAAAAGAGACCUGGUUUCCAACAUCACAAGAAAGCUGGAGCUAUGAACGCACUGAUUCGAGUUUCAGCUGUACUGACCAAUGGUGCCUAUCUACUGAAUGUUGAUUGUGAUCACUACUUCAACAACAGCAAAGCUCUGAAAGAAGCCAUGUGUUUCAUGAUGGACCCUGCCUAUGGAAAGAAGACAUGCUAUGUGCAGUUCCCCCAGAGGUUCGAUGGCAUUGAUUUGCACGAUCGAUAUGCUAAUCGCAAUAUCGUCUUCUUCGACAUCAACUUGAAGGGGCUGGACGGUAUCCAGGGCCCAGUUUAUGUGGGAACUGGUUGUUGUUUCAACAGACAAGCACUUUACGGUUAUGAUCCUGUUCUUACCGAGGAGGAUUUAGAACCCAACAUUGUUGUCAAGAGCUGCUGUGGAUCAAGGAAGAAGAGCAAGAGUGGCAACAAGAAAUAUUAUGAUAAGAAGAAAGGAAUAAAGAGAACCGACUCUUCUGUCCCAAUGUUCAAUCCAGAAGAUAUUGAGGAUGGCGUGGAAGGCUAUGAUGACGAGAGGUCUCUCCUAAUGUCUCAGAGGAGUCUUGAAAAGCGUUUUGGUCAGUCACCAGUUUUCAUUUCUGCAACAUUCAUGGAGCAAGGAGGCAUUCCACCCUCAACGAAUCCUGCUACCCUUCUCAAGGAAGCUAUCCAUGUCAUUAGUUGUGGUUAUGAAGACAAGACCGAGUGGGGCAAAGAGAUUGGAUGGAUCUAUGGUUCGGUUACUGAAGAUAUUUUAACUGGGUUCAAGAUGCAUGCCCGUGGUUGGAUUUCUGUCUAUUGCAUGCCUCCACGCCCAGCAUUCAAAGGGUCUGCGCCUAUUAAUCUGUCUGAUCGACUGAACCAGGUUCUUCGAUGGGCCUUGGGUUCGAUUGAGAUCUUGUUGAGCAGGCAUUGCCCCAUAUGGUAUGGCUACAAUGGGAAACUAAGACUUUUGGAGAGGCUGGCCUACAUUAACACCAUUGUCUAUCCCAUAACAUCUCUUCCACUGCUCGCCUACUGUGUUCUUCCUGCCUUCUGUCUCCUCACUAACAAAUUCAUAAUUCCCGAGAUAAGCAACUUUGCCAGUAUGUGGUUCAUCCUUCUCUUUUGCUCCAUUAUCGCCACUGGAAUCCUCGAACUCCGAUGGAGUGGAGUUGGUCUUGAGGACUGGUGGAGGAAUGAGCAGUUCUGGGUCAUCGGUGGCACAUCAGCUCAUCUCUUUGCCGUCUUCCAAGGUCUCCUUAAGGUCCUUGCUGGGAUCGAUACCAACUUCACAGUCACAUCGAAAGCUAAUGAUGAAGACGGCGACUUUGCUGAGCUCUACAUCUUCAAAUGGACGGCUCUCCUCAUCCCGCCAACCACGGUCCUCAUAGUAAACCUGGUGGGCAUCGUUGCUGGUGUCUCCUUCGCCAUUAACAGUGGCUAUCAAUCAUGGGGCCCACUGUUUGGAAAGUUGUUCUUCGCCUUGUGGGUCGUUGCCCAUUUGUAUCCCUUCCUCAAGGGUCUUUUAGGUCGCCAGAAUCGUACUCCGACAAUUGUCAUCGUCUGGUCCAUUCUGCUCGCCUCCAUCUUCUCGUUGCUGUGGGUGCGUAUCGAUCCCUUCACCUCGGACUCCACGAAAUCUGCUUCUAAUGGUCAGUGUGGUAUCAACUGCUAGGAUACUUUUGUUUCCAUAUAUAAGAUCCUUCGUGUACAUAACAAUGACGAUUCGAGGAGUUGAAGAGAUGGUGUGCUGUUUAUGUAAAACUUGCUCAUGACCCAGACAAAGGAAGGGAAGGAUAGAUGCCUCAUGUCGUUUUUUGUGGGAGUUUUGUGAUGCUAUAUGCUGGAAGGACAUAGCCAACUGUAACUGUGAUUUAUUUGUGUACACUACGAGGAAGGAACCUGUCUUUUUGUUAUAAUGUUAUUCUUUGGUAAUAUUAUCCUUUUUAUAUGUAAACAGAAUUUUUAUAUUGGAAUCGUUCGAUCCUUUGACCAUUAGGAAAGAUGGUCUUGGCUGUUGAAACGUUACUCAAUAGUUUGCUAGGAUUGUACUGCAUAAUGCAGAUGGUGAAGUGAAUGUUUCAGCUUUGUCAAUGUUCGUAUUCAUGCCUGGCAUACAUUUUGAUGUCUUUAACUAGUAGCAGCCACAGCCCACAAUAACAAAUUUGACAUUAGAUC